AUGGCUUCUUCCCCGGCGGUGAAUCCUGGAUCAGCCGCCCUGCAGCCCCGAUGGAAACGAGUGGUGGGCUGGUCAGGCCCCGUCCCGAGGCCCCGGCAUGGACACCGGGCUGUGGCCAUCAAGGAGCUGAUCGUGGUGUUCGGUGGAGGCAACGAAGGCAUCGUGGAUGAGCUCCAUGUCUACAACACCGCUACAAACCAGUGGUUCAUUCCAGCAGUCAGAGGAGACAUUCCUCCAGGUUGUGCCGCUUAUGGAUUUGUCUGUGAUGGGACUCGCUGCUUGUCUUUGGAGGAAUGGUGGAAUAUGGCAAAUACAGCAAUGAUCUAUAUGAGCUACAGGCUAGCAGAUGGGAAUGGAAGAGGUUGAAAGCCAAAGCACCAAAAAAUGGUCCACCUCCAUGUCCCCGACUAGGACAUAGCUUUUCAUUGGUUGGAAGCAAAUGCUACCUGUUUGGGGGAUUGGCUAAUGACAGCGAGGACCCAAAGAACAAUAUUCCCAGGUACCUUAAUGAUCUGUACAUUUUGGAGUUGCGUCCUGGUUCUGGAGUCGUAGCUUGGGACAUACCCAUUACUUAUGGUAUAUUGCCUCCACCUCGGGAGUCCCACACUGCUGUGGUUUACACAGAUAAAGAUUCAAAGAAGUCUCGAUUGGUGAUCUAUGGUGGUAUGAGUGGAUGCCGACUUGGGGAUCUCUGGAUUUUAGAUAUAGACUCGCUGACCUGGAGUAAGCCUAGUCUGAAUGGUGUUGCACCUCUUCCUCGAAGUCUUCAUUCUGCCACAACCAUAAGCAACAAAAUGUAUGUCUUUGGAGGCUGGGUGCCCUUGGUAAUGGAUGAUGUUAAAGUAGCCACCCACGAGAAGGAAUGGAAAUGUACAAACACCCUAGCUUGUCUUAACCUUGACUCCAUGGCUUGGGAACAUAUUGUCAUGGAUACCCUGGAAGAUAACAUUCCACGGGCUCGUGCUGGCCACUGUGCUGUGGCAAUCAAUACACGUUUGUACAUAUGGAGUGGGCGUGAUGGGUACAGAAAGGCCUGGAACAACCAAGUGUGCUGCAAGGACCUGUGGUACCUAGAAACAGAAAAACCGCCCGCGCCUGCACGUGUUCAGCUAGUCAGAGCAAAUACCAAUUCUCUGGAGGUGAGCUGGGGAUCGGUGUCCACUGCAGACAGUUAUUUGUUGCAACUUCAGAAGUAUGAUAUACCCGCUGCUGCUGCAGCCAUGUCUCCAGCCAAUCCCGUUCCGUCUGUGCCAGUGAAUCCGCCCAAGAGCCCAGCUCCUGCCGCAGCUGCUCCUAUAGUCCAACCUAUUGCCCAUGCUGGCAUCACCCUGGUUCCACAGGCAGCUUCUCUGCCUCCAACAACAGCCACCAUUCAGGUCUUGCCUUCGAUCCCUGGGAGUCCAAUUGCGGUUUCUGCUGUGCAACGUCCACAGACUGUCCCAGCUGUCCUGAAAGUUCAAGCACCUCAGUCCACAGUAAGCUCGCCACUUGUUACCGUUCGGCCAGCUAUGCAAAUUGGAAAAUCUCCAGUAACUGUUACCUCUCUUCCUCCUGGUGUGCGCAUGGUUGUGCCUGCCCAAAGCGCUCAAGGCACUGCUAUUGGCAGCAGUCAGCCAAUGAGUGGCAUGGCUGCUCUUGCUGCAGCUGCUGCUGCAACACAG